UCUGUGCCGGGGCGCGCGUGCGCGGGGGUUCCCGGAUCCCGGAACCGGCUCGCCCAGGGCUUUCUGGGGCAGCCAUGAAGGUGAAUCAGAAUACUGUGCUGCUGGGGCAGAAGGUGAUCCUGGUGCCCUACACCGCGGAGCACGUGCCCAGAUAUCAUGAAUGGAUGAAGUCUGAGGAGCUGCAGCGGCUGACAGCCUCAGAGCCUCUGACUCUGGAGCAGGAGUAUGCGAUGCAGCACAGCUGGCGAGAAGACACUGACAAAUGUACCUUCAUUGUACUGGAUGCCGAGAAAUGGCGGGCCCAGCCAGACUCAGCUGAAGAGAACUGCAUGGUGGGAGACGUGAACUUGUUCCUUACUGACUUGCAGGACCCAACAUUGGGAGAGAUUGAGGUCAUGAUUGCCGAACUCAGCUGCCGACACAGGGGGCUUGGCACAGAGGCAGUUCUGAUGAUGAUGGCUUAUGGAAUGACCACACUAGGUCUCAACAAAUUUGAAGCUAAAAUUGGACAAGGAAAUGAGCCUAGCAUUUGCAUGUUUAAAAAGCUUCACUUUGAGCAGGUGGCUACAAAUAAUAUCUUUCAAGAGGUGACAUUGAGGCUACUGGUGACCGAGCCAGAGAGAGAGUGGCUUCUGAAGCAGACCAGCCAUGUGGAAGAGAAGCAGUACAGAGACAGAAGCUGGUGGAACCAUGAAGCUAAUAGUUUCUGAUUUUCCUGGGAGCCCUAUUAGCCAGCUUGGUCUUAUAGGGAAGAUUCUUAGAUGGAUGAGGGAAUCUAGUCUAUGUUUCCGGAAUAGCCUGUGCUGUAAAGACGGCCUUUAAAGUCCUAUUUUCCUUAGCAAGACACUCUUCAAAGGCCCAUCCAGAAAAAGUUUCCUCUCCCUGUCCAGGAGAGCCAAAAAAUUUAGAUCAUCGACUGGAUUGAACUUGUCUUCUGAUGGGAGCACAUUUGCUGAAGUAAAGCUAAAGGAAAGACCCGAGUACAUAGAGAUCCGGGAAGGAUGUACCUGAAGAUCUACAUCCUGCUUUUCUGAGGCCCAGUGCCUGCUGGGCAUGGCUAUUAUAUGAAGAAUGCCAGUGUCAUAGCCACAGGCAAGUUCAGUGCAGUCUGAAGAGUGUGGGUUUGGGAGAGAAGGGAAGAACCCAGAGGCAUUUCUGGAACUGGCCACGUGACCUGGCUGAGAGCUCUGGAUUGGGCUGCAGCUCCCCUGUGCUCCCAGCCUCCCGCAAUGGGUGUGGGCCUUGAUGUCAAGUUCUAAUUAGUACAGACUUGGGGAGUCCAGAGCCUGCCUUCCUCCACGAGGUAGUCCUGGGCCCCAAGUUGGCAUUUCCUUGCUGCUCUCCACAUGGGCACCAGGUGGCGAUAGAGGGGCAGUUCAGGGCCUCCUGAACCGAGCCAGAAAAUCACCGGGUGCCAGAGAUAGAAAGACCCUGGGUGCUCAGAGGUGGGGGACCACCCUUGAGAAUGAGUACAGCCUCUGUUCUGGCCAUCGUGAAAAUAGAGCUGUUACCCAAGCCUCUCCCGAGUUUUACUCAUCUGCAGAAUGAGGAUUUGCAUACAGUUCUCCAACAUUAAAAAAUUACCUUGACUGGGAAAAACUUCCAAUCCAUACCCUGCCAAUUAUUUCAGGCCAUCUUUAAAUUAUAAUAUAGUCCCCACCCUAUCUCUGCCACCCCACCCCUUCCAGGCCGAGCCAGAGAACCCCAAGGGCACAUUUUUUCUUCUUGGCUUAUGAAGCUGGGAGGGGCCCUAACCCUAAUGCAAUCUUAACAGUAAUAAGUUUUCAAACUGUAGGGAUAGGGAUUUGGGACCAAAAGACUGAAGAAAGUAGAUUUGGCUUUUGUGCUCAACCCCCAGUUCCUAACCUGUUUAUGGUUUGUAUUUUUGCAAAGAUUCUAGUCCCAACCCCCGAGGCUGUUGGGAGAAUCACUAUCCUUUUCCCAGGGAAAGACUCUUGGGGAUGAUUUGAUUAACCCCUGUCAUUUGAAGGUAAGGCUGUGGAGACCCAGAAAUUAAUUUACUUCCUUAGAAUACAAUAAACCCAGAAUUGGAAUCCAA